AAGCAUUUGAAAUUCGAUAAUGAGGACUGUAACCAUAUAAUCAUAUUAUUUAGCAAUUGUGUUAUGGCUUUUUCUACUAAUUUUUAAUUGGUUCCUCAUAAUUUAACAAAUCAGUGUUAACAGUUGAAAUUUAUACAUACUAUACACUGAACAUUUCUGUCAUUAUCACAAUCAACUACCAUUCAGCAUCGUCUGAGCUUGGAUUAUUCUCCUUUAGUGUUUCCAUUUUUUCUCUUUGUAUAUUGCAACUCAAUCAGUUAUCAAUGCAGAAUUGGAUGUGUACAAUUCUAGUAUUCAUCAUAUUCACAAAUAUGUUUAUCAUUCCAACACAAGGUGCAACUAUGUCAUUCUGUUCAGAACCAGAAAGAGAAUGUACAGUAUUUCGUCCAUGCUGUGGAAGAAAUUGGGUGUGCAAUCGUAAGAGUUCUGCAAGUGGUAAAUGUGUCCAAUGUGCACAGGCUAACAGUCCGUGUAUUCAUUCAAACGACUGUUGUCGAGGUGUGUGUAUUAAGGGUACAUGCAAAUUGAUGGGAUUUUUUAGUGAGGAAUAAAUGAGAAGUAGCAAUAACUUCUACUUUUAUCCCUUCGUAUCAUGUUUAUGGAUAUAUUUUUAAAAAAAAUUAAUCUAAAAAAAUACCAACCUAUCUGAUAAUCAUAUCGUGUUUUAUUAGUCUAAAUUGAUUUUCUGAUUGGUUAAUGGGAAUCAGCUGUAAUACAAAUUAAUUGUGAUACAACCAAUCAGAAGCAGACUACGGAUUUAUCCACCAAUCACAUGCUUACUAUAGUCUCCAAUCAUUACCUCGUUUGAUAUAAUGAAUAACGUCCAGACAGCUGAAAAACUUAAUGAGUGAUUAGAUUAAAGAAUUAGAUAGAACUGUAUUGCCUCGUCAUGAUAGCU